AUGGAGUGGAAUCCAAGUUGCUUCUUCCGGCCUGAAGGGAGUCCUUCGCCCUAUGCCCUCCUGGUGCUGAACCAGCCAAUCAACGAAAAGGCGUUUGGAGUAUUAAGUGAACACGCGUCUUACAUCAUUUGCGCCGAUGGCGGGGCUAACCGUCUGUACGACAUGAUGAAAAUUCAAGGGAGAGAAGCUACUGAACUCCCCGAUAGAAUUGUGGGCGACCUGGAUUCCAUUCUUCCCACGAUACGAAAACACUAUGAGGACCUAGGAGUACCCGUCAUCAAAGAUCCAGAUCAAUACUCUACAGAUUUCACUAAGUGCCUGAAAUACCUCAACAGCCACGCAGCAGAGAUCAUCACAUCUCCUCGCCGCCAAAAAGGGAAACCAUUUAGCACAACACCGCCAUCAACGCUCGAGAUCGUCAUUCUCGGUGGCCUCGGUGGUCGCGUCGACCAGGCGUUCUCACAAAUCCAUCAUCUAUACAUGAUGACGCAGACACAACGGCAAUUACGCGAAUCUCAAGAACCCGACAGCCAAAACGGGUCUGAGAAACUCGGACACGGUGCCGGUGGAAAUCUUUAUCUAAUCUCAGAGGAGAGUAUCACUUUCGUUCUGCAAGAGGGCAACAAUAUCAUCUAUACACCUGCUACGAACCGACCAGAUACCGAUACUUCAGACGACCAGGACUCCCCGGCCAAGGAGAAUCACUCGCCCUUGAAAAGGAAACGAGACCAGGAAGCGGGCGCAGAGGUAGAGUAUUUCUUUGAAGAGAAUAUCGGGAUCAUCCCGCUCUCAGCGCCGGCGUCAAUUACCACGCAGGGAUUCGAGUGGGAUGUGGAGGAUUGGCAUACCGAGAUCGGAGGCCAACUAUCUACGAGCAAUCACAUUCGCGCCGACAAAGUAGAAGUCUCGAGUUCCGUUCCUGUCUUGUUUACGGUGGAGCUGGCACAAAGGUUGAAGAGAGCUUGA